AUGACCACAGGCUCAGCUUCCUCCAAUCCCACACAACCUAACGGCACGGCUUCGCGCCCAGACAGCACCCGCUCCACCGCCCUCUCGCCGCAGCCUGCCGCGCUCGAACGUCGAGGCUCCCUCACCCCGGGCGUCUUUUCCGAGGAGCCGCCAAGCUUGGGCGCAGCACCAGCGCCAGGAGUCGCUUCCGCAUCUCGACCGUCCAGCUUGUCUCCCGACGCUAUGGCUGGUGCUGCUGCCGCUUCCGCUGCGCCGUCAAAGUCGUCGUCGCUGCUCGCCUCGUCGGCUCAAGACUCCAGCGUCGACUACUUCAAAGGCGCUGCGCCAAUGCACGCCUCCACCUCCGACAAGGCUCACGGCCACUCCUCGGGGCCCGAGCUCAAGAGGGAAAGCGAAAAGGCUGAGGAAGACAUCAUCUCGGCCUCCAUCGCUCCGUCUUUCUCUCACUCCACCAACAACGAGCCUGCUGCUGCCUCGGCGACCUCGCAGCCGGUGCUCGGCAACGCGGCUCAGGUCGUCGCCUCGCCCGCCUCGUUUGUGCCUCCGAACCCCAUCUCCCUCCGUCCCGAUGGCAUCGGUGGCAUGGGUCUCGGCACCGCUGCUACGGGAGACCUCGGCGCACAGGCCGAAUUCGAAACGCUCGACGACAUGCGCAAAGUGGUCAAAGAGCUCGAGGAUGACUUCAACGCAAAACACCCCGAGAUGCCCCUCAGCGGCCGCAUCAUCCACGUCAGCCACUACAUCCCCUUCGAGAUCCGCCCGCUCGCCGAGGUCGACUUUGAACGCCAGCGCGAAGAGAGGAUAGCCGCCACCGCCAGCGUCGCCGCCAUGGCCGCUGCGGCGCGGGCACGCAAGGCCGCCAAGCUCGCCGCCGAGGCAGAGAAGCGCGAAAUCGAGGCGCAGCGCGAACUCCAGCGUCAGGCUGGCCAGCUCGAGUCGGUGUCGCGCAAGAACAGCUUCCGCGUCAGCUCGCGCCGAUCCUCCUUUGCCGCCGGCUUCGGUAUGACCGGCCUCGAGGGGCAGGACUUUGAAGCCAGGCUGCGCGAGAACCAGGAGCGUGCCAAACGUCGCGCAGGUCGCAGGGCAUGGAUGAUGACCGAGGUCGUCGACGACACCAGCGAGUGCUCCGAGGAGGACCGGUUCACGCCCAUCAACUCGCGCAGAGGUUCCAUGUGGUCCGCCGCCAGCCGUGGAAGCUUCAGCAGCUUCAACCAGGAGCCCUGGAAGCACUGGUCCGCCACCGGCGGCGUCAGCGACUACAACAGCCCCUUUGCGGACUCGCCUCCCACCGCUCCGCCCCAGCCACAGUGGGUACUCAAGCCGCGCCGCGGCCACACCGCACUUAACAGCGGCAUCCGCAGCCUUUGCACCACACAUCGCCAGACUUUCAUCGGCUGGCCCGGCGACAUCCGCUUUGCCGUGCAGGCGCGCGACGACCACCGUGCCGACGCCUCCGAAACCACCGACGCAGAAAAGCGCGAGAUCGAAGAAGUCCUCGCCUCGCUCGACCAGGCGAGCGCCUGGACCACGCAGGAGGCGCCCGUCGCCGGCGCGCCCGUCAACCCCGAGAACAACCAACCGCAAUUGAGCAAGCUGCCCGUUCCCGUCAUGAACGGCACAGAGCCCGUCGGAUCAAUGGACCCCACCACCAAGCCUAGCAACAGCGCCAGUCUCGCCAAGGCCGCCGCCGCUCGCUCCGCCGCCGCCAACAAGGCCGAGGACCAGGAGUACGGCAUCAAGUACGUGCCCGUAUGGCUCGACUACAACGUGGCUCACGGCCACUACGAAGGCUACUGCAAGGCGACGCUCUGGCCGCUCUUCCACUACUUGCUCUGGCAGGACGUCAAUUCGGGACGUCGCGCGUGGGAAGAGUACAGCUGGGACGCCUACUACGCUGCCAACGAGGCGUUCGCAAAGCGCAUCGCCCAGGAGUACAAACCGGGCGACCUGGUGUGGGUGCACGACUACCACCUGCUGCUCGUGCCGCUCAUGCUGCGCAAGCUCGUGCCCGAUGCCAUGGUGGGCCUGUUUGUCCAUGCGCCGUUCCCCAGCAGCGAGGUGUUCCGCUGCCUGCCCAAGCGCAAGGAGAUCCUCGAGGGCAUGCUCGGCGCCGACCUGGCGUGCUUCCAGGCGUUUUCGUACUCGCGCCACUUUUUGUCGUCGUGCAUCCGCGUGUGCGGCUACGAGGCGUCGUCCAACGCGGUCGAGUCGGCCAACGGGCACGUGACCAACAUCACGUACAACCCCAUCGGCAUCGACGCCGUCAAGAUCGCCAAGGACAGCUCGGCGUCGGGCGUGCUGCCCAAGAUCGAGGCGAUCCGCGAGAUGUACAAGGGCAAGAAGAUCCUGGUCGGACGCGACAAGCUCGACGUGGUGCGCGGCGUGGUGCAGAAGCUGCAGGCGUUCCACAAGUUCCUCGCCGAGUAUCCCGAGUGGCGCAACAAGGUGGUGCUCAUCCAGGUGACGGCGCCCGCGCUCAACGACUCGCCCAAGCUGGAGCGCCAGGUGUCGGAGCUCGUGUCGCACAUCAACGGCGAGUUUGGCUCGCUCAGCUUCACGCCCGUGCACCACUACCACCAGAUCAUCGACCGCGACGAGUACUUUGCGCUGCUCAGUGUGGCCGACCUGGCGCUCAUCACGUCGGUGCGCGACGGCAUGAACACGACGUCGAUGGAGUACAUCAUCUGCCAGAACCGCUUCAACAAGAGUCCGCUCAUCCUCAGCGAGUUUACGGGCACGGCGGGCCGCAUGCGCUCGGCGAUCCAGGUGAACCCUUGGAACAUCUUUGGCGUGGCCAAGGCGAUCGACUAUGCGCUGCGGCUGACGGAUGAGGAGAAGCGCGCGCGGCACGACCAGCUGUACCACCAGGUGGUGAUGCACACCUCGCACACGUGGGCGGCGGGGCUGGUGAAGCAGCUGCUGUCGCGGCUGCACUCGGAGCACUCUGCGCAUCUGACGCCGCCGCUGGACCGGCGCGAGAUGGUGGCCAAGUACCGUGCGGCCAAGAAGCGGCUGCUGCUGCUCGACUACGACGGCACGCUGACGCCCAUUGUCAAGGUGCCCGAGAUGGCGCUGCCGUCCGAACGGCUGCUCAAGGCGCUCGAGGUGCUGUCGCAGGACGAGCGCAACGUGAUCUACAUCAUCUCGGGCCGCGACGGGGCGUUCUUGGGCAAGCAUCUCGGGCAGUUCCGCGGCAUUGGAUUCUCGGCCGAGCACGGCGGAUUCGUCAAGGAGCCCGGGCAGGACGAGUACCACAACUUGACCAAGGAGCUCGACAUGACGUGGAUGAAGGACAUCCGCAGCGUCUUCGAGUACUACACGGAGCGCACCGCGGGCAGCGUGAUUGAGCAGAAGAAGAGUGCGAUCACGUGGCACUAUCGCGGGGCGGAUCCGGACUUUGGGUCGUUCCAGGCGAAGGAGUGCCAGGCGCAUCUGGAGAAUCUGACGUCGCAGAACAAGCUGGCGAUCGAGGUGCUGGUGGGCAAGAAGAACCUCGAGGUGCGACCGCUGGCGAUCAACAAGGGCGAGAUUGUCAAGCGGAUCCUGUACGACCAUCCGGAUGCCGAGUUUGUGUUUUGCGCAGGCGACGACAAGACGGACGAAGACAUGUUCCGCACGCUGUUCAAUCUCGCGCCCUCGAGUCCCGAGGUGGAGGCGCACGAUCAAGGCGUGGCGGCGGUGUCGUCGAGGCUGGAGGGGGUCAAGAAGGAUGCGGCGCUGCUCAUUUCGCCACCGACACCGCUCAAGGCCAAUACGCCGAUCGGAAGCCCCAAGAAGCUCAAGCUUACUAGGGACGGCAUCUACACGACGAUGAUCGGGCCGAACAACCGCAAGACGCUCGCCGAGUGGCACGUGGAUUCGUGCCAGCGCAUCAUCGACGGGCUUGCCGAGAUGGCGGGAUUGGCGGAUGUGGAGCGCGACCCGCCCUCGGAGGGUGCAGCUACCGCCGAGGGUGCUGAAACUUAG